CCAACUGUUUCACCAGCUCGGUGAACUGCAGAGCGGCUAAUUACUGGUACUCCGGCUUCAUCCGCCUGCAGUCUGUGAUCGACGCAGCCAUCAUCCAGAUGCAGACGAAGCGCUCGGUGUGGAGCGAGAUGAACCUGAAGGCUGUGAUGAUGGGUCAGCCGGGCUCCGUGGAGGUGCCGAAAUUCCCGCACGCCCUCAUCUCCAUCUACCUGGUCCUGGCCUUCACGCCAUUCGUCACCUUCCUCAUCGUCAACGUGGCGGCUGAGAAGGAGCACCGCCUCAAAGACACCAUGACCAUGAUGGGGCUGUACGACUCGGCCUUCUGGCUGUCGUGGGGCCUCCUGUACGCCGCUCUGGUGACCACCAUGUCCAUCCUCAUGUCCAUCAUCGCCACGUACACCGCCCUGUUCCCCAACAGCGACUUCUUCGUCAUCUUCUUCCUCAUCUUCCUCUAUGGAAUAUCAUCGAUCUUUUUCUCCUUCAUGCUGACUCCGCUCUUUAAGAAGCCAAAGUUUGCCAGCACAGUCGGCUCCAUGCUGACCGUCGUGUUCGGCUGCCUGUCGCUCUUCACCGUCCUCAUGAAGGACUUCCCUCAGCCGCUCGUCUGGCUCCUCUGCCUGCUCUCCCCCAGCGCCUUCUCCAUCGGCAUUGCACAGGUGGUUUACCUGGAGGCUCAGGGAGACGGUGCUGUGUUUUCCUCGCUGGCAAACGGCCCUCACCCUCUGUACGUCCCCCUGCUCAUGCUGGUGGUGGACUGCAUCCUCUACCUGCUGCUGGCCGUCUACCUGGACCAGGUGCUGCCUGGAGAGUUUGGGAUGAGGAGGUCCUUGAUUUACUUCCUGAAGCCAUCCUAUUGGUCCAAACGCAGGAAGCGCUACGUUGAAGUGAGCUCGGUGUACGACAGCGAAGUGAAAGGCGCUCCCGGAGGGGACGAGUGCGUCGAGCCGGUUUCUCCCGAGUUCAGAGGGAAAGAAGCCAUCCG